UUCCACAGCCGCUCGGACGAAAAUGCAGAUCUUCGUGAAGACCCUGACGGGGAAGACGAUCACCCUCGAGGUGGAAUCGUCGGACACGAUCGACAAUGUGAAGGCGAAGAUCCAGGACAAGGAGGGGAUCCCGCCGGACCAGCAGCGCCUGAUCUUCGCCGGGAAGCAGCUGGAGGACGGCCGAACCCUAGCCGAUUACAACAUCCAGAAGGAGUCCACGCUCCACCUCGUCCUCCGCCUCCGCGGCGGCGCGAAGAAGCGGAAGAAGAAGACGUACACCAAGCCGAAGAAGCUGAAGCACAAGCACAAGAAGGUGAAGCUCGCCGUCCUGCAGUACUACAGGGUGGACGAGUCCGGAAAGGUCCAGAGGCUCCGCAAGGAGUGCCCCAACGCCGAGUGCGGCGCCGGAACCUUCAUGGCCAACCACUUCGACCGCCAUUACUGCGGCAAGUGUGGCCUCACCUAUGUCUACCAGACCGGCGGUGAUUAAUUAACCCUUUCCUCUCCUGUUUUUGAAUUAAACCUUUGAUUUUGCUAUUAUUAUCACUCUUGGAUCCUUAAAUCAAUCGUUUUUCAUAUGGUCUUACAGCUUAUAUGUCCUCUAUUGCUCUCUACUUAUAUGCAUAAAUGCCAUUUUCAUCACUGUUUUUGUUUUUAGAACAAAGUGUUUUUAAGAGUUCAAACAAUGUUAUUGGGAAAAAAAUUGAAUGUAUUUUU